GCAAGCCGCGCGCCCAGGCCCCGAAAACGAAACUGGAGCCGCCCUCAAAAAGAGCGGCGGCGGACAGCGCUGCCACCAGUCGCCGGCAGACCGAGCAGGCUCUCCAUCCCUCCGCCGGCGCAUCGCUCCGGAGCCCCGCCGGUCUGGAGGACUCUCGCUGAGUGUCUACAGGCCUCCGGCCCUCCGCCCACCUGCGUUUGCGUCCUCGGCUGACAAAAUGCCGCACCUAAACGGGAUGGUUCCCACGCUGCUGGACAGCCUGCAGAGCCAGGUCUCCCUCCACCUCGCCUGCUCCAAGUGCAGCCAGCAAGCGAACGAGAGCACCUACCUGCUGAAGGAGGUGGACCACAACUGCAUGAAGGAGAUUUUGCUGGCCAGGCGCAAGGGGGCCAGAGGCUGCCAUUGGCGCAAGGUGGACAGGAGACCCUCUUUCCCCAACCCGGCUUGCUACGACGUCUGCCGAUAUUACGUGCCCGGCUCGGGUUGCACCAAACACCACAACACCUGCACGUUCGCCUGGAGCCAGGAGGAGGUGAUCGUGUGGACGUUCGAGAGGAAGUACAACGUAGAAAGACGCGUUUUGAAGUGGCUGUUGAAACAGACCCAGUCGGGCACCGGGAACACCACUGCCCAGCCUACGGAUCUCAGCAACCCGGACGUAAUCCUCAGUGAGUUUGGGGGUUAUUUCCAGGAGAUCUGCAGGACCUGUUUUUAUAGCCGCCCCCAGCGGAUUUGUCCCAGGGGCUCCACUCUCGACUGCAAGAAUCACUGGGGCUACAUUUUGGUUCACGUGAUCACCGGCGGUAAGAAAAAGCAGCAAUAUACGGAGAUUCGUCCCUGUCCGAGAAGCCACAGGCUGUUCUCGUACUGUCCUUCCGUCUCGGCUGGCAAAUCCUGCCGGAAUACCUCUCAGUCCUGCAGCUUUGCCCACAGCGAUGUGGAGCUGGCCAUCUGGAAGGCCGAGCAAAGGCAAGGUUUGGAGCGUGCUAACCUGCUGUGCCCGGCGGUGGAGCCGGCGACGGUGAGUCCGCUGGACUCUGGGCCGCAAUACCAGUUCUACUGCCGGGUAUGCCUGGUGACCUGCGAUUCCCAGCAGAGCUUCGAGAACCACUGCUUGUCCAUGGAGCACACGCAGAUGAUCGCCACCGACACGCUGACCGAGUGGAGUUAUCGGGCCCCUCCGUACGACCCAAAGACCUUUGCUCUUUGCAAACGACCAGACAUUUGCGAAUACGGGCAGGAUUGCGCCCUGGCGCAUUCGGUCCAGGAAUUGGAAGAGUGGAUCCAGCGGGCCAAAAUUGCGGAGAGAAAGAAGAAGACAGCCAAGGAGGACGGUCUCUUAGCUUACCAGGAUCGGCUUAUCACGGAGUACCAAACAAGCCACAACGAAGUCUUAAUUAUGUCGGAGGCCGUGGAAGGAGUGAGGGUGAUGUGCCAGCAGCCACUACGGAUCCAGUCUGAGAACAAGAAGUUGCAGUAUCAGUGGGUCUUCACCGUCCAUUCCCAGAAGCCCUUGAUUCACGUGGCCCUAUUAAAGAGAACCCCAGGAGCCAGCUUCCACCUAGCCGUGCCGGGACAGACUCCGCUUCUCACCUACGCAUCUGGAGCGAGCUUCAAAACCGUGCGGACCUCUCCCCCCGCGGUCGAGGUGAAAGUCGGCUUGAAGAGUCACACCUUCGGGGUCUACGAGCAGUGGCUGGUCUUUGAUUUCGGCAGCCGGCCUGUCUUGGUCCAAAAGCUCUACGUCCGGCUGGGUCAGAAGGAAGCGGCUUGGCGGGUGGAUCCGGCCAACGGGUCUGGGAGCUGCUUCGUGCAGAGCGGACGCGGGCACACCGGGAACCGUGUGGUGGUGCCCAGCGUGAGUCGCACGGGCAAGGAUGUGGAACUGUCGGCUAAGUACAAGGCCCCCUCCCUCUCGAUGGACUUUCAGCGUGGGGCCCGUGGGAAGCCCAUCACCUGCGUCAACUACCGUGAAGAAAUGCACAACUUCCUGGUCCGAGAAGAAGAAGCUCAACAGCUUUUGAUUUCCAAGCUCAACUUGCAUGCGGUGGUCUCUUUCGUAAAGUGUGUGGAAGUCUUACCAUCGGGGUUGAAGUUUGCUCCCCCAGGACAGCUCUACGCCCAGGUCCCGACCCCUUACUCAUUGACCAUGGACUCUGACGCAGGAUACCUGCUUCAACGUUCAGUCAGAACAGCCUUCCUGGCCCAGGAUCCACCUGCCAACAACCGAGUUUAUGAAGUCUCCAUCGAGAAAGAAGGACUCACUGAAAGGAACGUCUGUCUUCUCCUUCCCCAACGUUGCUGCAUGGAGCUGGGCCUCCAACCAGACACGCGUGCCAAGAUGGAAGUCCAGUUCCAAACCGACCAGCUCCAGUUCUGUCAAUGGCACCAGGCUGUGGACAACUUGUGGGAUGUGAAGCUGGUCUUUCCAGAUGUGACCAUCUGCUCCAUCCCACAUGGUUCUUUGCAGGUGCCCUGGGGGAAUGCGAAGCAGAAGCAAGCUCUUUUCUUCAUUACUGGCCAGGUGACCAAAGUCCGUAGAACUCCACCACUUUUGAUCUAUGGACCGUUUGGGACUGGGAAGACCUUCACGUUGGCCAAGACUACCCUGGAGAUCAUCAAGAAGCCCCAGACUCGUGUCCUUAUCUGCACCCACACCAACAGUGCGGCUGACAUCUACAUUCGCGAAUACUUCCAUAACUAUGCCAUCUCGUCACACCCUGAGGCUAUUCCGUUAAGGGUGAAAUCCACGUACCGUUCGGUCAAAGCAACCGACCCCAUUACCCUUCGCUACUGCUGUCUCUCUCCGAGUGGGGAAGAGUUUUGCCUUCCUACUAAAGAACAGAUCGAUCGGCACCGCAUUGUCCUCACGACCUGCAUGACCUCGCGCGAUCUUGGGUUGUCGCCCGGCUAUUUCACCCACAUCUUGAUUGAUGAGGCUGCCCAGAUGUUGGAGUGCGAAGCACUAGUCCCUCUCUCUCUGGCUACCCUGAGAACCUUGAUCGUCCUGGCGGGGGACCACAUGCAGAAGACCCCCAGGUUCUACUCCUUGCACAAGGACGAGCAGUCCGCCGACUACACCCUGCUGAAUCGCCUCUUCCAACAUUACAAGAAGGAGCAGCAUGAAGUGGCCACCAAAAGCAGGAUCAUCUUCAACGAGAACUAUCGCUCCACUGCAGGAAUCAUUGAGUUUGUCUCCAAACACUUCUACGUGGGCAGAGAAGAUACCAUCCGCGCCAAAGGCAACAUCCCUCCUCACCCGGAGUUCUAUCCGCUCAUGUUUUGUCACGUCUCCGGAAGUGCGGAGAAGGACAGAUCCAUGAGCUGGUACAACAUCUCUGAAGUUGAACAGAUCGUCGAGAAGGUAGAAGAAAUGAAUCAGAAAUGGCCGGCUGAAUGGGGGCAGAAGGACCUCAAGUCCAUCUGCGUGGUCUCUUCUGGCAUACAGGUGAAAUUUAUCCGAGACAGGUUGAGAAAAAGAGGCUUUUCAGAGGUGACUGUGGAGAACGAUGACAACCUACCAGGGCGAGAAUUCCGUGUCAUCAUCAUCAACACUAUCCACACUUGCAACAGCCUCAAGCAUGUCAGUUCCUCCAACCUGGAGUAUUUCAACAAUGCGCGGGUGUUGAACACCAUCAUAACCAGGGCUCAGUCGCAGGUCAUCACAGUCGGAGACGCUGUCGCGCUGUGUUCUCAUGGCCAGUGCAGCAAGAUCUGGAAAAGUUUCAUCAAGAAGUGCAUUGAGAAGAAGUCCAUCACUCCGGAGAACCUAACCUUGGAGGAGAUAAAGCAGAUGGUGUCCGAUUGGGCCAGCUGGAACAGAGGAAGCUCUGACUGCGAGGAAGAAAGUAGCGAUACGGACUCCUGGGUCUCCGACACAGAGAGUUUGAAUCUUGAUGAUCCGAUACUGCAGGAACUCUUGGAUGAAAGCAAAGAGAUGAUGGUGACGGUCAAUGAGGAAGGUCUGCUGAAGGUGAAGUCGAAUGUCUCGGUCCCUGAAAGCAGAAGGCACGAGUAUGUCAACUAUUCCUCGCAAACGAUGCAGCGGUAUUUGCAAAUGCAGCCCGACCGAUACAAACGCUGCGGAUUCGUCCAAGAACGGUUUGAUCAAGCUUCCGCCUUCACUCUGGACGAGGUUCCUUCUGUGACCAUCCAGAUCAAGGGUCGACUCAACUGUGGCAUGGCCUUUACUGGAGACCAGGUCUUGGUGGAGAUCCUGACGCCCAACGCGACCUUCCAGGGCAACCCUCGUGGGAAAGUGGUGGGCAUCUUAAAAGAAGUGGAACGGGAUCUCACCUUUGUCUGCAAAGUAGAUGAGUUUGAUCUCCGGGUCAUGAUCCCCCUGGACCAGUCUGUCACAAAAAUCUUUGUCCCUCCAUUGAAUCCUGAGGCUGAUCGUGAUGCUAUUCCCAUCCGCAAAAUUGACCAGGCGGGAAAUAUCAAGUUGAAGGGCUGGAAAAAAAUAACACCAGAAAACCGGAAGACAUGCCUUUUCGUGGUACAAAUCGUGAAAUGGAAAGAAGGUUAUUACUACCCUAUGGGAAUUGUUACAGAGGUCCUUCCUUUGGCUUCCUCACUAGAAGAUGGGCUUCGUAUUCUGGAUUUGGAAUAUUGUUUGUCCACUGGAUAUCCUGCCUCGGUGACCAGCCAGGUGGCCAAAUUAAUCUCCCGUCACCCCUCUCUGAUAAGAGAGGAGAGGAAAGACUGUCGGGCUCACUGUACUUUCACAGUUGACCCCUUGGGGACUAAAGACCUGGACGAUGCCAUCAGUGUCCGAGAUAUGGGUGACAAAUAUGAGAUUGGGAUCCAUAUUGCUGACGUGGCCUCAGUGAUCUCCAAAGAUUGUCCUUUAGAUGCAGAAGCCAAGAAGCGAGGGUCAACUUAUUAUGCUCCUGAGAAGGAGCCCAUAUUUAUGUUGCCACCACAACUCAGUCAAAAUCUCUUCAGUCUCCUUCCUGACAAGGAACGUUUGGUGAUCUCCCUCUUUGUUGUAGUGGAUAAGGCCACAGACCAUAUGGAAAGGAUUUCCUUUGCCGUGUCCAUAAUCUGCUCCAAUCGACAGAUGACUUAUGAGGAAGCUGAAGAAAUAAUUAAGAAACACUACAAGAUAGAGGCACCAUCACCUCAUUUUGACACCUUAGAGGAUUGUGUUGCAAUGGCAUAUCAUUUCUCCCGCGUCCACCGGAAGUCCAGACUUCACGAAGACUAUCAUUAUGACCAGUUGGAUGAAGAAAUUCCUUUAGGUCAGCGAUGUUCUCACCAGAUGAUUGAGGAGUUUAUGAUUCUCUUCAACAGUUCUGUGGGAGAUCUGCUCACAAACCAGGAUCCUACAAGAAAUUUAACGCCUCUUCGUUGUCAGAUGGAGCCCAAUCCUCAGCAAAUCUCCCAAAUGCAGGACAAAUACAGAGAGAUCAUUCCUCUCUCCACCCACCUCUCUCAUCAUCUAAGAGUUCCAACUGGUGAUAUUCCCGGGAGGACCAGCCAUCCCUUUGUUCUCUUGACUUCGUCGUGGGAACAUCUCAAGUUAGCGGCCAAUGACCGUGACUUCGCCAAGAUACUUGACCUCAUUACCACAGAUGACAUCCAUCCCAAACUUGCUCCCAUCAAUUUAGAAUUUCGGAAGCUCCUGAACCGUUCUUAUUUUCUUCGUUCCAAUUCCUGCCCUCAGUCCAAGAUGGGCCACUACUCUUUGCACGUGGACUCGUACACCUGGGCUACCUCUCCGAUUCGGCGCUACAUGGAUGUUGUUGUUCAGAGGCAUAUCAUCUCUCUGAUUUCGAAGAAACCCAUCCAGUACUCCCAACCAGAGAUUGAAUUCAUUUGCCAUGAUUUCAACCGGAAGAACAGCAGGGCCAACAUGUACAAGCGAAGAGUCCAAUCUUUGGAACUGGCCACCCAGUUGAAAUGCCAGGUUCAAAAGAAGUUUGCUUUCAUUGCCAACAUUGAAGGGAAGGCCAAGAAUUUCAAACUCUUGUUUCCUCUCAACAAGGAGACCUUUCCAGAUAGUCCUUGCAUCAAUUAUAGAGCCCUUCAAUUGGUGUCCCAACCAGAUUUUAUCGAGGAGCGGAACAGUAUGAAGCUGACAUGGAGGAGAAGAGUUUACUCCUGGGUAGUCAAAAAGGAGGACAACAAAAAGAGGUCAGAGAUUGGAGGGAACGUCUUUUGCUUCCAAGGAGAUGUGUGGCAUGAAAUCCUUGCAGCUGUCAAAAAUGAAGACUAUGAGAAGUUAAUCCACCUCCUGGAAAAGAAUUACACCCUGGAGCCCAAAUGUGUAGGGUUAAUGGUGAGGAGUAAGUGCUUACACUACAAAGAACUGUCAGUGGAACUUAAAGUUGGAGAUGUGCUGAAUUUCCAACUGACCACCGAUGUCCAACGAGGUUUCCUGGUGCCAUUUGUGCAACUGUGGACAGUAGCUCCUGGCUUUGAGGUGUGCUUGGAACACACUGAGAGACCCAUCGAUUGCUUCUCCAAGUACACUUCCCAAGCCCCAAAGGACAUUUACAAGGACGCCUCCGAUUAUCGCAAAGUGUGGCUGCCUCUUUGUGACAUAGAAGCAACUUUGAGCGCGUUGGCUGAAAACAGCUCGAUUGUCCUGCAAGACAUCCCGAUCCUUUGGAAGAAGCAGCGGACCAAAGAAGGUCAGCUCUGUGGAACCAUCAACCUCACGAAAAAGUUCCUUAAAGAAUGUAGCAUCGAAGUGGAUUUUGGUGCCUGCUACAUGUGCAUUCGCCUUUCGGGUCUCCAAGGACAUGGGUUCCAGGACAAGGAAGUAGACCUCAGCCAGACCUUUCAGCAACUCAGUUUGUCGAAGGAGACAACCAAGACUGGGGAUUUCACGAUUGAUCCCAAUACGUACACUUGGGUGGCCCACGGAUGCACAGAUACCUUUGAGGAGAAUGAGAAACCUGAUGACCGUGGCGAAGUGAUGGUGAAUUUCUAUAUCCAUUUUACAUCCAUGGAGAAGAUCCCCUUUGAGGUCACGCAGAAGAGCUCAAGGUUCAGUGUGGAGCUGAUUCCGAAGCAGCUGCCUGACGUUCGGAAAGAAAAAGCAAUUUGGAACCUGGAGUAUGCCUCAAAACUUGCACAGAGAAUAGCAUUGGGUCAACCCAUUCCAACCCAAAGAGCAAGACCUUUCACUAUCUUGAAGAGAGGGAAUUUUGACAUCCCAGGCAGUAGUCGGAAACUCAAUCCAAGUCAACAGAGUGCCAUCCAGGAGGCACUGGAAAAGCCCUUUACUCUAAUCCAAGGGCCGCCAGGCACUGGGAAAACCGUGGUUGGUGCUCAUAUUGUGUACUGGUUUCACCAGCUCAAUCACGAGAAGAAUGGAAACCCAACUCAACCUGGGGCGAUGCCUUCAAAGACAACCGAGGGUGAUGCCUCCAGAGCCAAGAGUCACAUUCUGUACUGUGGACCUUCUCACAAAUCAGUUGACGUUGUUGCUGAGAUGCUCAUGAGGAUACCUGGUUACUUGAAGCCUCUGAGGGUCUACGGAGAGACGAUUGAGACAAUGGAUUUUCCUUAUCCUGGCAGCAACCUCCAAAUUUCUCGAAAAGCUCAGCGGAACGCAAAAUCAAAACCAGAGAUCAGGAGUAUUACUUUGCACUACCUGAUCCGGGGAAAACACAAUCCAUACUCGGGAAGGAUCCUGGCAUUUGAUGAACGAGUGAAACGUGGAGAAGAGAUCACCGAAGAUGAAAUUGACAGGUACAAACGGCUGUUGAACAAGGCGCGGGGAUUUGAACUGGAACGCCACGAGGUCGUUCUCUGCACGUGCUCCGCCUCUUCGUCCAACUUCCUCGCCGAGCAUCUCCAAGUCAAGCAGGUGCUGAUUGACGAGUGCGCCAUGUGCACGGAGCCCGAAACGCUCAUCCCGUUGGCCAAAUACAAGACGAUCGAGAAGGUUGUCUUGUUAGGAGACCAUAAGCAGCUGAGGCCCGUGGUCCACAGUGACUUCUGCAAGAAGCUCAAGAUGGAGAGGUCCCUUUUUGAGCGCUACCACAAACAGGCUGGGAUGCUCAACAUCCAGUAUCGCAUGCACAAGGACAUCUGCAGGUUCCCAUCCGGGGCUUUUUACAACCAUAAACUGAUGACCUGUCCCAAUAUCGUUCGUGGAAGCAGCACGCUGUACCACCGUAGCGAAUACGAAUGCACCCCCAUCAUCUUUGGCCACGUCGAGGGCCGAGAGAGGUCGCUCGUGGUCUCCACGGAGGAGGGGAACGAGAACUCCAAGGCCAACCUGGAGGAGAUGCAGCACGUGGUGAGGAUUGCAAAGCAGCUGACCCUGGAUAGAACCACCACGCCAGACCAGAUCGCUAUCCUGACUGGUUACAAUGCCCAGGUCAUUGAGAUCAAGAAGCAACUCGCUCUGGAUGGCAUGCGAGACGUCAACGUUUGCACCAUCAUGAAAAGCCAAGGCAGCGAAUGGAAAUACGUCAUCGUGUCCACAGUCCGCUCCUGUAACCGGCAGGAGAUUGACGAGAGCCCCACAAAGAGCUGGCACAGUAAAUAUCUUGGCUUCGUAGCAGAUCCAAAUCAGAUCAACGUCUGCCUCACUCGGGCGCAGGAAGGUCUCUGUAUUAUAGGGAACAGCUACCUUCUUGGGACCCAUUCUUUGUGGUCGCAACUUCUGUUUCAUUACAAGUUGUGUGGAUGCUUUACCUCAGCCGGUGAAAUCAAGAUUAAGAAGAGGACCAGUCUUCGCUUGUAAGAAGACACUGCGGGAAAAUUCCUUCUUUCUUUUUAACCACCUGGACACGGAGGCCGUGCCCAAUUCCAGGAGAUGGCAUUUGCCAACACUGAGCCAAAAUCUAAAGCCUGGUGGCUAAGGAGACAUUGCCAGAAAAAAGAGGGGGGGGGCGGGGGGAAAGCCACGGCAUGAUUUUUUUCAGGAUCCGAUGCCAAGAGAAGAUUUUGCCUUUCUCGGGGAUGAAAAAAAAAAAAGAAAGCCAUCUCUUAAAACACAUUUUAAGCAUCCAGAAACCUUUUAGAAAAGCGACUUCGGUUGGGGAAUUUAAUAGAUGCUAUUGAAAAAUGAAGCGACUGGUGCACAACGAGCCUGCGAGGAGGGGCUUGCCAUCCAGGGAUGGAGGAAAACAGUGCCGUCAAAAGAGCAGGGCUCCGGCUGCACUUUUUCUUUUGAAGGAAGAUCAAAAACCCACCUCUGGCCUUCCCUUGCAACGCCAGUAACUCCCCCCUCCCCCCUCCUCAACCUGGAACGAUUUUUGUACAGAUUUUUAAUUUUUUUAUUUAGCCUGGUUACCUUUUACUUGAAAUAACUUCUUUGUGUGCUAGGUUUUUAAUGUGCUGCUUUUUUUAAAAAAAAACAAAACGAAACGAAGAACCACAGAACUGGGGGUGCCUUCCUAAGCUUCGCGCUGUUUGAUCUAGCAAAACCCUGAGUCCUUGGGUUUAGACCGCUACGUUUUCUCUCUCUACCUUUUUAGCCAAAGUGAGAUCCUCACCUCUGCUGGCCUUGAACCCGGAGCAGGAAAAAAAACGUCAUGCAAUAACGUCUUGUUUUAUGCUGAACUUCCCGCUCAGUGAGUUUUGAUGCCUGCAGUGGAUGGGGAGGGGGGACACCAAAUUAACUUAGGUGGACUCAAUCUGGUGAGCACUGGUGGCGAUGAACCCCUGCUUAGAAAGCUGCUCCAAGCUUGUAUAUAUAAAGUAGUAGUGCCUAGUGACGCUCAAUGAACUGUUCACACAAAGUGCUUAUCCAAGUCAGUUGCAAAGCGAGGAUUUGCACAAUGGGCCAAGCCUUUUUUAAAAUUAGCUUUAACCUUAAUGCUGUCAGGAAAGUGUGGUUUAUUGCAAGGGUGGAUCAUCAGGUGCCCUCCAGAAGUUUUGGACUUCAACUGCACUGAAUUCAGGGAUCUUUGGUGUUCUCUCAGUUUGGUGGGUUUUUUUGCAGACGUUUCAUGACCAGACUAGGUAACGUCAUCAGUGCUAGAAGGGAAUGGGGGUGUGUGGAGAGGAGGAGCACUGUGGAGUCCUUGGUGCUCUCUCAGCUGGGUUGUUUUCCGCAGGUAUUUUGCUACCAGACUAGGUAACGUUAUUAAUGCUAGAAAGGGACGAGAGCAAACCUCACUCCUCCUAGCACUGAUGAUGUUACCUAGCUGGGUCAUGAAACGUCUGCAACAAAACCACCAAACUCGGAGAGCACCAAGGACCCCCUCAUUUCAACCCUGAUAUUCUCCUGUAUUGGCACCCAACUCAGGUGGGCAAAGGGUUGUGGGCAUCACAGCCAGAGCCGUUGUAGAGACGCCUCAAGGACAUCACACGUAUUGUAUUGUCCUUGUGUAACUGGUACACCUGCUGCCCUUGAUUCUAUCUAUACCCACAGUUGUAGUCCCAAACAUCUGGAAGUUACCAUGGUACUUUCUUUCUGACCAACAUGCAUUGCACUUUUUUAAAACCUGGAUUGAAUGUAUUAUAAGGGGGUGGAGCAAUGAGUGUUCCUUUCCCACCUGAUCACAGAUCUCAAAAAAUCUGGCUUGAAACUAGAUGCAAACUUGGAUUUAGCUGACAAUUGCAAAGCAAUUUUGCUGAAUCUGGUGACUGGGGGAUCUCUGAUGCACACAUCAUCCUUGGUUUGAACCCGGGGCUAGCUCUAAUACAGAUAUAUUCUAUAAUAAUGUAAUAUAUAAGGGCAGCUGGGCUCCUUCUACAGUACUAACACCAUGUGAAUGUGUGUAGUGAUGGUUGCUGCAUUGUCCUUUGGUAGUUCUGCAACUGAUACUGUUCCUUUUUUUCUUGCCUUGCAUCUAAUUUUCGCAAUAUAUGGAAUUACGGGAAAAGGGGAACGCCUUAGAAUUCUGCGUAGAGCUUGUCUAGUUGUGGGCACGCUAGAAACUUAAGAUAGUAGCUUAUUUUCCCCUUUUUUUUCUUUUGGCUUUAUUAUCAGGGAUCUUGAUAGCAAUCAAGGGAGACUGAGGCAGCCCUCUUUCUCCGCUCCUCUACCUCAGUCCUGUUAAAUGUGAACGCUUUUAAAAGUUUGUGCCCUCACUCAUGCCGAUCCACUUAGCUUGGAAUAAAAGUGAGUUUUUGAGUGAAAAAUCUGUAUUCAGAAAGAAAGCACAGAUUAGUCCAAAGAGGCAGCCAAAUUAUAUUGAGCCAGCCUUUAAACUAUGAGCAUGCCUAUUUUUGUUUUACUAAAUGUCUUGUUUGGAAGAAAGAAAAGAAAAGAAAAGAAAAGAAAGAAAGAAAGAAAGAAAGAAAGAAGGAAAGAGAAUCACUUCUAUCUAAAAACUAUAAUUCCCAUACCAUUUGUCUUAGCCAUAAGGAAUAUAAUUCCCAUACCAAUUGUCUUAGCCAUAAGGAAGAAAGAAAGAGAAUCACUUCUAAAGAAAAAACUAUAAUUCCCAUGCCUACUAUCUUAACAUAAGGAAGGAAGGAAGGAAGGAAGGAAGGAAGGAA